AAAACGCAAACCCCUCGACAACGUGUUCGCCUGGAAGCUGACGGCGGGCGGAGGAGCGGGGAACCUCUUGGUCACCGUGCUUUUUUCGGACCCAUCCGGGCGGCCACCCCCACCGUCAGUCCCCCCUGGUGACGACCCCCAUCCGCCAGGACCUCCCGGUGGAAUUACUGACCCUAGCGCAGAUACAGACAAAAAGUUUUCGUUGGCGUGGUUUCUGUUCUUCUGGUUGAAGUACGAAUGGCCUCAGCCGCCCAAAUUUGAACUGUGGUGGCCACCCAACCCGGUGCUGCCCGACGACCCUACUCCACCCGGACCACAUGACGGGCCUAAACCACCCAGCCCGGUCAAGCCUCCUCGACCCGGACCAGGCGACGACGUUCCAGAACCGCCAGACGAGGAGGAGGAAGAUGCAAAAAGCCUGCAGCCCCACCCAGGCCUCAUCUUGCCGCUCCCUGGCGCAACGCUGGCGGAGGGAACAAGUGCUGCGGAGUAUUACCGUGAAAAAUGCCCCUACCCCCAAAGUUGCAAUAAUUUGUGAUGCGAAGUUUCCAAAUGAAAACUUUUUGUCAUGCGUGAAUAGGAAUAUGAAUCUUUGUGAUGCAGAGUCUAGUCGUAUAUAGGUAGCGUUGCUUGCAUGACAAGCGCCACUCUUGCUGGGAUCUGUUGCAAUACAAAUUUUCGCUAUUCACGAUUGGAAAUCUGUGAUGCUGUUAGAUGCAAGAGGGCGAGUGUUUCUGUUGGAACAAAGGUUUGCAAUACAAAUGCUCCCAAGUUCUUCGGGGGUGGGGGCGUUUUUCAUUGUGAUACAGAGGCCGGCGCGGCGAAGAAUUACCGCUACCUGGCGAAGGAAUUCCGUGUCCAGCCUCCGCACGCGCUUCCCGGAACAGCGCCGCCCAAGUGGACCGAGGGUUUACCGGCAACCAGCGCGGUGUUUUUCCUGACGGGAUAUCUGACGCCUUUUGGCGAGCAGGACCUACUUGGCGACAAUCUGCGGGAAAAGCAAGAAGCGUGCCGGGAGACGAACAUUCAGGUGUCGGGUUUGCCCGAGAAGCUUCGGUUUCCGGGGAGCGCGGAUAUUUGCAACAACGAACAGGUUAGCAUGGGGGAACUUCCGAAGGACGAGCCAGCCGGCGCCGUUUUCACACACGCGGGAAAGACAGGAUCCCAGAACGAGCGAAGACUCUAUGGCGCUCUCAGACGUUACAUUCUCAACUGUUCCAUGAAUUUGUAAUGCAAGAAUGGCAAAAGUGCAAGGCCAAGGGUGAACAUUGCGCCUUUUGCAUUACAGGUUCGGCACAGUUGAGAACGCCAUAGACUCCAAAUUCGGAACGGGUUUCGGGCACGGCAAAAGGAGCAAGUGGUCGGAACAGCAGAAGGAGUCGAUGGGCAACCCCCGGAACAAGAUGCUGGCCGUAUCAUGAAGCCGGGAAGACUCCUGGUGGAUCUCACGGGCGUUCAGGGCGGCGAAACGGAACAGAAAAAGCUUGCUGCGAGCAUAUUCCCGUUCCUCAGGAUAGAUCUUCAUCGGUGUGUGGAAGAACUGCAGAAAGGUACAUUAUAUCAAAUGCAAAAAUGUCUGGCUCUGGAAGAUUGCAACUUCUCAUGCUGUCUUUGGAUUCCGAAAAAAUCUGUAUUGCAUGACCAACAACAGGACUCCAGUUUAUGUUACGCGGACAGGGCAUUUCUCAUGCGGAACAGGCAUCAUCAGGAAGCCCUCUAAAAAUCUGUGAUGCUAGACCAUGCAUUACAUGCGUCAUGGAUCACAUAGAAUAUGCAUCACAAAUCCCGGAAUCUUCCAGACCCAGACAUUUUUGCAUUUGAUAGUACAGAAGGUAUUACUAUGCCGGAAAUCUUUGUGCUGGUUGACACACGAGAAGUCGCUCACGUGAUCAACCUCGCUAUUUUUGCUGGACACACGAGCAAAGGUGCGGAAGCAGAUGGCGAGCAGGUGAUCCCGGAUCCGGAGGACGAUGUCCUGAAGUGGGCCGGUGCAAAGGAGUCAGAGAUAACGAACAUCCUCGAGAACGUAAUCGCAUGGCAGCUGAAGUACGGCGACACAAUUGUCCUUACCGUUCUGUUCUUCGAAGUAGCGCCACCUCUCGGGCCUGACGCUCCCCCUCUGCCAGCCGGUGGCGGCCCGCUGGGACCGGGACCGGGACCACCGACCUGGCCUCCGGCGCCGCAGCCGGACGAUCCGGACGUACCUCCGGACGAGCCCCCGAAAGAGGAAGGGACAUUGGCCUGGUUUCUUUGGGUCUGGCUCCGGUACGAUGUGAGGUGGAAGUGGGAGUUCAAGCCGGCAAAGGAUCAGCCUAAAGACCCUGGCACGUGGCCGCCCACGCUCCCCGACGACAUCGGCGACAAGAUGCCCGAGCACCGCGGUUUUAUCCUGCCACUCCACGGCUCCACACUUGCGCUGGGGGUCGACACCACUUUCCGAUACCUACCUAGCUGUCUGCGCGUGCUGGAACCGGACGCUUACCUCCGACUCUACCCGAACAACAAGCCACCCGCCUUUCCCAACAACGAGGUGUCCGUCGAGAAGCUCGCGGUUUUUUUUCUCAUGGGCUACGUCAUGCCUCUCGGGCACCAGAGCGGGGGGGUGAAAGAAAGGAAGGAGUGGGAAAUAGCCAGUCUGCAAACGAAGCGAGGCAUCUGCGAGACUCCACCCAAAUCGAGAACAGGAGAAGACCCGCCAGCGCGCGACCGUCCCCCGAAAAUCUGCGGAGUCUCGUAUCCUGUGUAAAAACGUCCCCACCCCAGAGUUGUCUACUUAACAGUGGCCACAUAGCAUAUGCUUUUCUCUUCUUGUCGUAGUUCGUUCUCCUCUUGUUUCCUUUUGUGAAAAUUUGAAAAUUCUCUGUGCUUUAAUUUGGUCUUUUCCAGUACAUAAACACCCGAGAGUUGUCAUGCAAUUCUGCAUGCCAAAAAUAAAAAGUUUCUCAUGCGGAGCCCUAUGAGAAGCAUUUUUAUUUGUGUUAUGGAAUUUCUGAAGCUAGAACGAACAUGCUAUGCUAGAUCUGUGCUGCUUCUGAACUAGCUAAAUAGGAUUACACUACGAGGACAAACUUGUCAUGCCAAACCACCAAAGCUGGCUGAUUUGUCUAGCAGAUUUCCAAUCUUGACUCUGGUGUGGGGACGUUUUUAAUCAGGAUACCUCGCCGGCCAUAUUCCAGGGACAAACCGAUCACUAUGAGAUGAGCGAAAAGACAAUAGCCGGCUAUUUCGUCCGGCAGAAAACAGAAGACAAGUUUCCUCCGAGAAUGCUAAUGGACUUCACGGAGGCCGCUGGUGCACCCGCUACACCAACAGGGACGACAAGUAGCGGCUCGCAGUCCUCUCGAGCCCGCGUGUCAGUACAAACCGAGAUUGGCGUGGCGGACUUGCUGCCGUUUUUGCGGUAUGUAAUGCAAAAGUAUCGUACUCGUAUAAACGCAUUACAAAUUUCCUCAGCAUGAGAAAUAAUGCGGAUUUACCUUAAGAAAAAGAUUUGUAAUGCGUGAGCGCAAUACGAGUGCGAUACUUUUGCACAGGAUAUGCGGGGGGACCUGGAGGACGCACAGGUUGUUGAAUCCCGUCUACUAUCAACUGCAAAUAUGUCUGGGUCUGGAGGAGUGUAAACUUGUCAUGCAUGUUUUCCAUGACCCAUGAGGUCUGGAAUGCGGUACCUAGCAUGACGGACUCUACUGUGAGGUCUCUGUCGUGCCUGUCCUGCAUCAGAAACUCCCUCCCAACUUGGUCGAGAGUGGACGGCUUUUGGCACUCAUGCAACACAGAUGUUUGCAUGAUUCGGAUUUAGCAUGACGAGUUGCAGCAAUAUUCCCGACCCAGACAUAUUUGCAAUGCAUAUCGACCCCAGAUCCUGAUUCUCGUGGACACUAUGUAAUACGAACUUUCUUUCCGCACAAGUACAACAAAACGCAUGACAAAGAAAUUUCGCUAAUAGAUUGGAGUUGUGAGAAGUCCAACUUGUCAUGCUGAGUAAGAUUCAUUGGAGACCAAUGACAAGUUCUUUUGUCCUCGUGCAGAGUAGCCAUGUAGUAGCCGCCAGCAUGAUUUGUACGUCGUGUGCGGGAGUAGAUUUUUUACUGUGGAUAGACACGCAAGCCGAAGCACUGAAGGUGGCCACCGCGCUCGUAGGAAAAAAACUGCCGCCAAACGGGGUGCAAGGCGGGGGUGAGUGGAAGACGAUCACCUAUGGGGAACCAGAUAGCGGCGGGGGCGAACCAAGUGAGGGAGACGUCAAGUACGUCGUGCUCUGGGAACUGAUUAUCAAAAGAAAUGAAAAUACGAUGAAAGUUCUCGUGCUUUUUGGGGACCGGCCAGAUACCGACCAUCCAGAAACACCGCCAGGAUCUAAACCGCACGCCAUUGCGGACCUCCUAGAGAAAGAGAAAGACUCUGAUCCACCACCGGAGGUAGAUCCACCAGACCCGGCGCCCGACCCACCUGCGCCGCCGUCGAGAGCAAGGCUUUCGUGGUUUCUGUACUUCUGGCUGCAAGGCGGAAUUAGCUUCAAGCUCAAGCCGAGACCGAAACGAGACCCACUGCAGCUCGUACAGCCUUGGAAAAAGAUAAACAAAUACGCGAGCCCAACAAGAGCAAACGGAUUUAUAUUACCCUUCACCACGUCGCGGCUGGGGAGGAGUAGCUCCGGUAAAGAGUACGACAUUCUGCAUGGACAAUUCCGCGCGACGCUCCCGCAAGGGUUGGUUCAUCGGAACAACCCUGCAGAGGUGGGAGGCUCUUCUAUCCAAAUGAAAAAUCCCCCCUCCCCAUAUCAAAACGGAAAUCUGUGAUGCGGGAAUUGUGUACACAAAUCACAUUUGUCUUGCAAGAAAGCACUGCGCGCAGAUCGCAAGCCUAAGGGGAAGCCUGUCGAUGGCAGACGUCUGGGCCCCUGUAGGCCUUGCACCAUGAUUACAAAUCGCCCGCGUAUCGCGGUGGACUCUCUCGAUUUGGCUUCUGGCAAGACAGACAGGAUUUGUGGUCACAAAUCUGCGUCGCAAAUUUUCGAAAAGACAUGUUUGCAAUUUCGGAAGGGGGGACUUUUCCUUGCGAUACCGGUUGGUGGUUUGCAGGAGUGGCUCGCGGUCGUCUUCUUCAUGGGCUAUCUCUCGCCGCAGCCCGGGCAUAAAUACGCGAACUCGUUUCAGGACUGGGUAAAAAAAACGCUCUCAACAAAGUUACUGACGUGCGCGAAAACCCCCGGCACAGCAUCACCCUCGGCCCCGUCAGACGAGGAACUACCCAGGUCUUUUUUUUGCGAGUUCAGCAAAAUGAUAAAGGCGAUCUGGGACCGAGCCGGUUGCACAGAGCGUGACAAUUGCCCGCCCGAUAUUGAGCAGUUCGUCCAACAGACUGAGCUGCAGCGAAAUUUUAUCGCGGCCUGGGAAAACGGGCAGAUAGCCCGGUACAAAUUUCGCAUGCACAUGCAGACCGGGGCAAGGGUGCUGCAUUAUCCCUCACAUCCAGGGGUCAAGCCGGAAGACCAGAAGCACCUUGUUUCUCGCGUCCUCCUCGAUUUUUCGGACACGCCCCCCGAUGCGGCAGCGAAGCCGUGGAAAAGCUUCUUCCAGCUGCUUGAGACCGAAAUACUGGAGGCAGAGGAUCAGCAUGCCGCGCUUGUCGACGCUGCAUAUGCACUGCAAAUAUGUCUGGGUCUGGAAGGCGAAGGAUGCUUGCAAGGUUUGUCAUGCUUAAAGAGUUUGUGAUGCGUGUCCAAGAUGAAAAGACCCUUUCUUGGCUUGUCAUGCAAAACGCAGUUUGUCAUGCGGAAAGCGCAAGAACACUAAGCAGCGCAAAUAUUUCUCAUGCUUGGCUGGUGUGAAUUAUUCACAACUCAGGAGCAUUACAAGUUUCCAGACGUAGACAUAUUUGCAGUACUCGAUACUGCAACAAAAGCUGCAGCCACCUCUUCUGCAGGACAGCCGCCCCAGCCCGACCCUGAUGAAGAGGCUCGAACCCGCGAACAGGCUCUAUGGAUGUGUCAGGAUCGAAAUCGUCAAAGUUGAAAGAGUUUGCCAUGCAUAAAACCGAUACCAGUCGGAGGCCCACUUAUCAAGCGGCGCAUGACAAAUUUUCCGAGCGCCGGAAUCUAAUUUGUCAUGCUGUUUGGGUACAGAAGACUGCUUUUGUCAUGCUACUUCAGCAGCUCUAUUUCAAACCUUAAGCAGGCUGACAGUCGGCCUCACUUGCUAUCCCUGCAAGAGAGGCACUUCAUGCCCUGCAAUUUAUGCAUGAGAAAUUAUUUCAACUUUGUCGAUUUCAAUCCUGACGCUUCCAUAGGCUCGAAUCCGCCCCGAUAUCUUUGUUUUGGUCGACGACGCAGAGGUCGCAAACCGCGUGACCGCCUCUCUGCCCUAUCUCGACCACGUGGGCGAUUUCACUGUGAAAGCGAGGCCUUCUACUUCGUCUUCUUCCUUUACCAAGGUGCGAAACCUGUUGGCGCGGCGGUUUGAGUCGAAGAAAAACGGCGAGGCGGUCCUGACGGUGCUUUAUGGGGCGCCGCCGGGGGAAGAAGGUGAAACAGAAGUAGUUCCUGGGGCGAGGAGUCCUUGGGAAAGGGAUGUUGACGCCGAACAGGAAGAAAGUGAGGGGAGCCUCGCUUGGUUCCUGAAAAUCUGGCUCGAGUUAUCAAAGUGAAAAAUCCCCCCUCCCCAUAUUGAAAAGGAAAUUUCUGCUGCUGGAUUUGUGUACACAAAUCAGCUCUGUCUUGCAGUGAGGUACUGCAGGCAAAGCCUCAGCCUGCCUAGGGGUGUUUUGGUGUAGGUGCUUAGCAUAACAGAGGGCUGCCGCAUAGGCGCGACAGCAUUACAUCAAACCGCCUCCAGAAAGCGGCGCACUCUUUGGAUUUGCCAUCUUGCAAGAGAAACAGGAUUUGUGGUCACAAAUCAGCAUUGCAAAUUUUUAGAAGCGUGCCCUUUCAGUAUGGGGAGGGAGGAUUUUUCCUCACAAUACGAGUACGGGGACGUGACGGAAGUUGGAGGCGACAUGGCUAGGGAGACCUCCCCCGAAGGCGAUUGGUUCCAGCCGGGAAUCGCGUACCAGCGGGAAAAGGGGCUCCUCCUGCCGUUUCAGAAAUCCCAACUGGCGCAGCUGGGCGACCCCAGGCGCGUCGUGACGGAAACGCAAGAGCACCAGAUAUCAAAUGUAAAAAUGUCUGGGUCUGGAAGAGUCAUGCUGUUUUUGCAUUACACAAGAAGUUUGGCAUGGAAGCUCUAGCAUCACAGGUUUCGAGAAGCUUCCGCAAUGCCGAGCCCGCAUGAGAAAUCCCCCAUUUUGGUGACAGCAAGUGGGCAGCUUUUGCUACCUAUGCAUGAGAAAUUUUUCUGUGUUCUAAAAUGCGCAUCACAAGUUCGAGGCUUAGAAAAAAAAGAACACAAGCGAAUUUUUAUUCAAACGAAUAUUUUUCGAACCAAAAAUAUACUUUUGAUAAAAAGUAUUCGUUUGGUAACGCAUUGAGUGGCGUCGCGAACGACAUUGGACACCGUACAGUGUGGAUGCCACAGCGUUUGCGCCCUCCGGGCGGUCUAGGACAGAGGAGUCGCGCCGCGAGCCCUUCUUCUUCUAUCUUGAACACAUUCACAACAUAGCUUUACUUCAGUUGCCGCUCCUUUCUGCAGUUGCGCACUUGCUUCUCUUUCUGCUGUGAAUUUUGCAUUCGUUUCCUGGCCCCUUCGGGCAGAAUGCGGCGGAGUUGUCGCAAGUGGGCCGGUUUACUUUUUGCUAGUUGCGCACGUUGGGAAGAUGCGUAGUGCUAUGCGAGCCGGGCGGUCGGUGGCCGGUCGCGAAAAUGUAUUGCGCACGCUGCAGGAGCGGCCGCUUCGGCUUUUUGCCUUGUUUGGAAGAGCGCGAGCGCCUUUUCGUGUUAUGCCAGCCUUCGCUCGGGGUCGGGGCCAGGAAAAAGCCUCUUGCUUUUUGCGCGCGCCUAUUUCGGAGCCAUCGUUGGUAGUGCUGAUUGUGUGCGUGUGGUGUUUUGUGCUCUGAGUGCGGGGAAAAAAAAUUCGCGCGCUGCGCGCGCACAGGCGCCGCGGUUUUGGUAGUUGCUUGCGAUGCCCCUGUCGUGUUCGGCAAUCAAGGGCCGCGGCCGGCCGAGAAAAAAGAUGCGGCGUGCUUCGCGCGCGCAGACGCCCUGACUUGCUUCGGGGAUUGGGGGCUGGCCGAAAAAUUUUCUUCGCGCGCUGCGCGCGCGCAGGCGCUCUGACUUGCUGGAGGCACGACGGAAGUGUUCUUUUCACGCUCAGCAGCAGGGGUCUGGCCGACGAAAGGGCUUAGGGGUCUGGCCGACGAAAAAGCUUGCGUGCGCGCAGGCGCCUUGGCCUUGGGGCGCCGACAAUUUUUUGCAGCGCGCCCGGCAGUCGGGGGCUAGCAGGAAAAACAAUUGUCGCGCGCUGCGCGCGCGCAGACACCUAAGCACCGGGCGCAGACAUCUCCGUGGGCGAUUGCGUGGCCUGGGGGCGCGGAAUGCUCUGCUCGCGUCCGGCAGCCGGCGGCCUUCCGGGAAAUAGAUCAGCUAUCGUGCGGGCGUUGCGUGCGCGCAGACGCCGUGGGCUGAGGGCGCGGAAAGUUUUUGUUGCUUGUGGAAGCGGGGGGUGUUCCGGAAAAAAAUUUUUCGCGCGCUGCGCGCGCGCCGGUGCCUACCUAGGUCUAGGAGCGUCAAGUCCCCCCCGGGGCCGCGCCGGAUUGAUUGGCCGGCGGGCGCGGCCGCAAAUUUUUUUCGCGCCCGGAGGUCGCAGCUUUGCCAGAAGACAACUUUGCGAGCGCGCGCGCCCCGGCCUGAGAACGCGGACAGCUCUGCUCGCGUGCGACUGCCCGUCGGGGGAUGCUCUGAAAAAAAAUUUCGCGCGCUGCGCGCGCGUAGGCGUCUCGGCCUGAUAGGGUGGAGCUUUUUUUUUUCGAUCGGCACGCGGGGGCCUGGCUGAAAAAAGUGGCCAGCCCGCGCGCCCGUUCGCUGCCGCCUUGGUCUGGGAUCCAUCGCGGGAAAUUUUUUCGCGCCCGGCAGUCGAAAGCUGGAGCUAGAAAAACUUGCCGCGCGCACGGGCGCGGGGGGGCGCCGUUGCCUGAGAGCGUGGCGAGCAGCCCUGUUCUCAUUCGGCAGCCGGGGCUUGGCCGGAAAAAAAUUUCGAACGAGCGCACGCUGCGAGCCCGCGCGCAGGCGCUUCGGUCUGAUAGCACGAGAAUUUUUUUCGCGCUCCGCCGGUAAGCGGGGGCUUGCCUGAAAAAAAUUAUCCUGCAUCGCGCGCGCCCGCUGGCGGGCGCCUUGGCAGGAGAGCGCGCCCGCGCGGAAAAUUUUUUCGCGCCCGGCGAUCGGUGAUUGGGAGGAGGCAACAUCUUCGCGCGCGAGUCGGUAACUGCGAGGGAGAAACUUCCUUGCGCGCGAAGCAGGCGCGCGGAGUUGUUAUCUCGCGUAUGGCAAUAGUGGGCUGCCUUGGUCUUGGAAAAAAAUUGCUGUUGCGCUGCGCGCGCGCAGACGCCUUAGCCCGCAAGCGCCGCGCGCCUUUUCCUCGUCAGGCAGUUCUUGGGGGCUGGUCGGAUAAGAAAGAUCUUCGCUCGCUAGGCGCGCCCAGGGGCCCUGGCCUGAGAGUGUGCGUGGGGCGAUGACUGAGGGCGCGGAGCGUUUUUCUCGUGUCCCCCGACCGGGUGCCGCCCGGGUUUUUUUAUGGGUUGGAAGCGGAGUCACGUUUUCAAGUUGGAAUCACGUUUGUGAAUUCACGUUUAGAGCGGAAUCAGGUUGAUGGAAUUGUUUGGGCUUGGGUUUAGGGUCUAGGGUUUGGGGCUUCUGGUCGUCGGCCAGGGCAGCCGCCGCCGGCCGGCCGGCCGGCGGCGGCUGCCCUGGCCGACGACUCUCUCUUCCCGUUCUUGGAAGGUGGCGGCCCCGCACCCUGCCCGUCUUCGUGGUUGUUCUGCCCGCCGCUUCCCUGGGGUUCUCCUGGCUCCCGCUGGCCAGGUCCUUGGCCGGCGCGCGGGGCGCGCCAUUGAUCCCGGCGGACCGCUGGGCCCUCCCGGCGUUCGUUUAAGUACGUUGUGGGCAUUUCGACGUCUAAGUUGCUUCACUCAACUCGAUUCGACAAACGCGAUUCCGUCGCAAACGUGAUUCCGUUAACGUGAUCCCAUGAGUAAACGUGAUUCCAAAAAUGUCAAAACGUGAUGCCGCCGCCUUCCUUUUUUAUGUUAAUCUCACUUCGCGCACUGUCCGUGCCCAGAGAUUCUCCGGUGAGAGUUGUAAACGAAAUGCCCGGGCGCGGGCCGUGCAACUGCAAUCCAGCGUAGCUAGGUUUUUUUGCUCCCCGUUCAGCGUGGCGGGCAUGCCAGUCUAAAGGCCCGACGCAUGCCCGCCCUGUCUCGGUAAAAGUCGCUUCAACAAAUAGCCCGCCAAAAAAGUAGGUCUGUGCCGGCCGUCUUUUUCUGAGAGUGAGAAAAACCACUGCGCCCGUGGCUCGGUUCUCUGUUUCGCCCGCGCUUUUGCGCUUCGCGUGUGGGAUCCACCUGGAAACCCGGAGAAGCCAUGGGGAACACAGGGGUGGGGCGGGAAGGAGAUUGAUUAGGGAGCGGCAUAGGUAGCAACGUGAGUGGGGGGAUCGGGAAGCAGAGAGGUUGUGGGGAUGCGUGUGGGCCUCGGGAAUGUGGAGGCACGGACGCCCGCGGCUGUGGGUGCAGUGGUGCAGGCCGUCGUGGUCUGGCAAUCGCUCGGGUCGCGCCUGGAAACACCGAGCUGCAGGUCAGAGUCAUUGCUUCGCUCUUCUUGAAGAGGCAGCGUCGCAGGCCUCGUCUGCCCGAAGUAGAAGUACCAGACGGAUGCCUGCAUAUUGAGGCCACCUCGACGGCCCUUCGUUCCGGGGUGGGCCGCCCUGGCCCUCCUUGGCCUUCUGAGGCCGCCGUGGCCCUUCUUGGCCUUCUGAGGCCAAGAAGGCAGGGUGUAGGGGGCCCUGUUUGGCCUUCUGAGGCCGCCGUGGCCCUUUUUGGUCUUCUGAGGCCAAGAAGGGUGCAGGGGUCCGACCAAUCGGCCAAAAGGAUAUAUCUUUUCAAAAGGAUAUUUUUUUCAAAGGGAUACUUUUGCGAUAUUUUCCCCAAUUCCUUGCCUUUUUAUGCUUUUGGUUUCUCUUUUUCUUUCUCUUUUCUUUUCUCUUCUUUUCCUUUGUGUUUCUCCUUAUCUUUGUCAUCUUCUCAUCCUCUCCUAUUCAAAUGAAUACUUUCAAUCAAACGAAUAUUUUUCGUGUUCUUUCUCUCCGAGCUCACGCCUAGUUCGCAUCCUUCCAGACCCAGACAUUUUUACAAUCCAUACCAAAUUUGGCCGUACAACUUUCUCCCAAAAGAGUACCAGGUUGAGAAUAAACACGGCGCAGCGAGUAUCAAAGAAAAAAAGUUCGUCACGAUCACUCAUGCGCAUUCUUGCAAUACAAAAUUGUUUGUCAUGCGUAAAAAUGCAUCACAGCCAAACUUGAUUGGGGAUUUUCCUAGUGUUUCUGCAAUACAAGGAAAGUUUGUGAUGCUGAGAAAAUUUGUAAUGCAAAACCUGCAAGUUAGUGACUGUGACAAACUUUUUUCUCUCCAUAGCGAGGGUGGGGCGGGAGUUCCGGAGGUUCCAGAGUGCGCCGACGAUGCCUUUAACCGUGACUGCGUUCUUGACCGGGUUCCUUCGUUCAGUGCCCUCGGUUGAAGCCGCAGUCGACGAGGCGACGUCGAGCAGAAUUCCCGGCCGCCCAAUCGUGUUUGCGGGCCAACAGGCGCGGCUGACCUUCUACAAGGAGCAAUCGCGACAGGAUAUCACAGCCGAGCCACCCCAACAAGUAAAAGUCCAAGAAGCCCGCCUUUUGCUGGACUUGACCGGGCUUGAUGGCGAUGAUAUCCUGAGUAAAAACAUCCCCAGUCCAUAUUCAAGAUGGGGAAUCUGCUAGACAAAUCAACAAGGUUAGGUUGUUGCGCACGAAAAAUUUUUUGGGCUUGUAGUGUCAUGCUUUUUACGACGUCCAGCAGCGUCACAAAUUAAUCUAGCCUAUGACGCUGAUUGGGACACCACUUCACAAAUUCCAAAACACGACUAGAAAAUGCUUCCCGUGCGUCGUCUCCGCAUGAGAAAAAUUUUGAGCAUGCAGAUUCAUUUGCACGACAGCGAUGCCUAUGAGGUGGGGAUGUUUUUACCUAGGAUAGAGGAGGCAUUAUCAUCAGUAGUUCACAGCGUGAUCUCCAUCCUGCAUAAUCCACCGCAGAGCAGUGCUACAACCGGGGGUGUUGUACUCACGGACGCCUUUUUGAAGCACCGGGGAAAUAAAGGGAGCCAGCGCGUGUCGCUCUUUGUCGUCGCUGACAGUGAAAAGAUUUUGUUUGCCGUCGGGAAGGCGUUGAUUCGGCAACAGGAAGAGCAAGCAGCACAUUUUGACGUCGUUUCUUAUGAAAAAUUGCCAGAAAAGUUUCCCAUGUCGUUCGACGCAGAAGGCGACAGCACAGCCACGACCGGUGCUGGCGCAGAAGCACUAGCCACCGGUGCCGACGGAGAAGGGGAGCGCCUUUUCGAGAGUGAAGUGUGGACGCUUGGGUGCAAAAAUGGAAACUCGUUUGCAGACCGGGAAAAUGUGCAGUGCGAUCAAGUAGAUGCGGCGGGGAAAAGAGUAGAGAAUAAUUUGUGGCUAUGCAUUGUAAAAGCAUCGCACUUCUAGUACAAAUCGCGUGAGAAAUUUUUUCUAGAAGAGAAAUGGAACUUCAACUUGUCCUGCCGAUUCGACUAGGGAGCCGGAAGAUUUGUCGUGCAUGUUGGUCGCGAUUAGUUCUUGUACGAGAAGGGCGAUACUUUUGCAAAGGAUAGUGGUCGACGCUCCGUCUGUUUCUCUUCCAGCAGCAGGUCGACCACUGGAAUGUGCAAGAGAGUGCGGAGGAAAUCAAAAAUCGGCAGCCACCAGCACUUGCGACGCUCCCGGAGUGGUUUAAGCUGUGGCUGGACUACCAAGUAGGAGGCGGUCCUCUUGGGGGGAUAUGCAUUGCAAAAGUGUCUGGGUCUGGAAGGUUGCAACUUCUUGUCAUGCUGUCUCUGGAGUCUAAAAAAAUCUGUCUUGCAUGACCCGCAAGAGAAGUCCGCUUUGUGUUACGCGGAGAGGGCAGUUCUCAUGCGGAAUACGCAUCAGGAACCCCUCUAAAAAUCUGUGAUGCUAGGUCGUGCAUCACAGACAUCCUGGGUCAACAUGGACAGUAUGCAUGACAAACCUGGCAUUUUUCCAGACGCAGACAUUUUUCUUUUUGCAGUUGAUAGGGGAAGCCAGGAGACGACGCGGAUCCUCGGAAGAACUUCGGCCCGGAUGAUGAUCCCAUACCAAAUAUCAAAUGUAAAAAUCCCUGGAUGUCUGGAAACUUGUGAUGCUGUGUGGCAUAUCAUGAGGAGGCCACAAUUGCUGGCUCAGCAUGACAAGUUUCUGAGCUCUAGGCGUUGCCUAUUCUGCAUGACAAACUACGUUUCUGCAUGACAGAAAAGUGGGGCUCUUUGGUAAUGUGCAUGACAGGUUUAAGAGUCAUGCCAGACAAGCAUGACAAACUUGCAUUCUUCCAGAGGACCCAGACAUUUCUACAUUUGAUACCAAAACCUGAUCCGGUGAUCCUGCCCGACCCGCACGAUAUCAUCGAUCCCGACUUACUCAUUCGUUGUGAACUUUUUUUUGGAGAAAAGGACAUCGCGUUGGCGAGGAGAAUAAAAAUGGAACGCGGUUCGUCAGCACGCACCCCUUUCCCGGGCACGACGAUGGAGCCGUAUUACGAAAACUGCCAUUCUGUGCUAGAAGAGCUGAAAAAAAAAUACGCGGAGCAACUGAAUGCACGCACAGAUGACGAAAAGGCACGAGUUGGCAGGCAGGUAGAAAGAGCCCGGGACAGAGCCAAGCUGAUGGUGAGCAAGGAAGAGAUAGCGGCUUUGCUCGACGGACAAGGGUAUGAAAUGCAAACGCAUCGUACUAGUAUAAAUCACAUGACAAAUUUCCUCAGCAUGAGAAAUAAAUUUGUAAUGCGGAUUUACCUUAUGAAAAAGAUUUGUAAUGCAUGACUGCGAUUACUACGAGUGCGAUACUUUUGCACAGGAUAAAGGGCCAUCAUCCUUCCUCCAACGACAGGAGGACGCGUUUCAAGGCUAUGCACAAAAAAGGACCUCCCAUCCCCCUCCAAUUUUUUGUCAUGCAAAACAUGCAUCAAUUCGACUGCUUGUCAUGCAAAAAAUGGACGGGGAAGAUUGGUUUUACUUUUUUUCUUCGGGAUAAAGGCCCGCAAAAUUGCUGCUGCUACCACUAUUUUCUCGAACAGGACCCGGAGAAACCGCCGCACUAUGCAUUGCAAAAGUAUCGUACUAGUAUAAAUUGCAAUACAAAUUUCCUUAGCAUGAGAAAUGGAAUUUGUAAUGCGGAUUUGCCUUGAUAAAAAGACUUGUAAUGCAUGACUGCAAGCACUACGAGUGCGAUACUUUUGCACAGCAUACGCACGAAGAAUCUUUGAUGUACCAGCUGCAGGGAGGACCCGGCGAAAACGUUGCUUCUUCAUCUACUUCCGAAGAGCACCCGUCUGGAGGCGCGCUGCCACCGAGAAGAAGUUCAUCCGCCCAAAUAAGUAGGCUCCAGUGCCCGUCGAGUAAUAUGUUGGUCGUGGAGGACCUGGGGUUCAGACCAGGAGCGGCGGACCGGCUUUGGCAGCGCAGUUAUCCCACCGCGACGUGGAGCCGCAUACCACUGGUGUCAAACGCCCUACUGCCGGAAAUAGUGAUAGAACAGGACGACCAACAGCAGGGCAAAAAUGCAUCAACGCCCUCUGUAUCAAAUGCAAAAAUGUCUGGGUCUGGAAAUAACUUGUGAUGCAAGGAAGGGAAUAGUGAGCUCACUGUAAUGCGCUGCCAAGCAUGACAAGUUUUUUUCAUGGUCCUGCGUUGCGUAUUCCGCAUGAGAAACUGCUUUUUUGCAUGACAGGGAGGAGGAGCUCUUUGCGGCCACGCAAUACAGAGUUCAGAGCCAUACCAGAUUAGCAUGUCAAGUCUCGCAAUCUCCCAGACCCAGACAUGUUUGCAAUCGAUAUUCUGUUCCCGCUGCGACUUUUCGGAACGUCUCCAGUCUGAUCCGCAACGAGGGCGAGUUUGACUUCAUGUGCUUCAAGGUAACGCCGCCACUGCAUGCCCAGGAAGCAGCGGCCGCUGCCGCAGCGGAGGAGAGUGAGAGAAUACGGAACAGCGGGAACGAAGCGAAGGCAUCCAGCAGUCGGGGUAUGAAAAAAACCGAUGUGGACGCGGAGAAACAGGCUGCGCUGGCGCUUCUCCCAGCUCCCCCGUCGUGUCUGGACAUGGUUCCUUUUGCACGCGUGGAGUUUAUCGAGCAGGAAAUGCUGAUCGAGAAGAGACGGGAAGUAUCCACAAAAAAAAAACCAUGCCCAUCCAAUUUGUCGUGCAUCACAUGCAUAAAAUCCUGUGUCUGUCAUGCAAAAAAUGGAAUGGGGAUGGGUUUUUUCCUGUGGAUAGGAAGCGUUGAAGAAGGAGCGCGAGAGGCUGGACCCGCGCUUCAGUGCCGAGGAGCGCAUAUGCACUGCAGAUAUGUCUGAGUGGUCUGGAAACUCAAACUUGUGAUGCUGAGUGGCGAAGCAGAAGGAGGCCAGCCACAACUGCCAGCUCAACAUGACAAGUCUCUGAGCAGCUUCCAGGUGUUGUCUAUUCUGCAUGACGAACUGCGUUCUUGCAUGACGGAAAAUUGAGGCAACGUGCAUGACAGACUUGAGAGUCAUGCUCGCCGAAGAUGACAAACUUGCGCUCUUCCAGAGGACUCAGACAUAUUUGCAUCUGAUAGCUCAUCAAACGGAUCAAAACCCCGGAAGACGUCAAGGCCUUCUUGCAGUGGUCUGCGGCGGAAACUACCUAUGCAUUGCAAAAGUAUACCACUAGCGGGAGUCGCAUCACAAGUUUGCUCUGCAUGAGAAAUGGGAUUUAUAAAUGCGAAUUUACCUUAAGAAAGACAAUCAUUUGCAUUUGUAACGCAUGACUGCAAGAAGAAUCAGUUUCAGUUAUAGUGCGGUACUUUCGCAAUUGAUACAUUCGGUAAGACGCUGAACUUUGACGAGCCUCUCGAUCGCGGGAGGAGGGCCACGACCGGUCCGGGAAGUGAAGAGACGAGUCGUGGGAACAAGGAGAAAAGGAAAAGUACUGGCAAAAACCGUCGGUCAAGAAAACGGAGGCGCCGCGGCGAUAAAAAGAAGAAGUCACGCAGGGCAGGCAGCAGUGACAGUGGUGAAACCGGUACAACCGGCGUGGUGUAG